UGUCAUGUGACCGGAUGUGCAACUUCAAAACAUUGAAUAAUGGUGCGAGCAACCGAUGGAGGGCUUUCUCACACUGAUUUCUGUGGCUUUUAGCUAACUUUUAUUGCUGGGAGUGAGAGAGAACUUUUUUCGCGCCAGGAGGUCUGUUUUUGUGGCUCCAACAUGGCGGGGUCGCUGCUGGAGUUUGAGACUGAGAUGUUUUUGAGUCUGUUCAGCUGUGACGGGCUGCUGGUGGUGGCGGAGGGGAUGGGGAUAGACCGCAUCCUGCUGCAGUUUAUGCGGGUUUACUCGGAGCAGGGAAGCCUGGUCCUGCUGCUCAACACAACCGCGCCUGAACAGGAGUAUUUCACGGAGCAGUUGCGAGUGGAGGGUGUGACCCACCUGCCCAGGACAGUCACCAGCGAUGUCCAGAGCACUGAGCGCUAUAAUGUUUACACGGAGGGAGGAGUGCUGUUUGUCACCAGCAGAAUCCUGGUGGUUGACUUCCUCACUGACCGCAUUCCUGCUCAUCUCAUAUCAGGCAUCCUGGUGUACCGUGCUCAUAAAAUCAUUGAGUCGUGUCAGGAGGCCUUCAUCCUUCGUCUGUUUAGACAAAAGAACAAGACAGGCUUCAUUAAGGCCUUCACUGACAAGGCCACGGCCUUCUCCUUGGGCUUCUGCCAGGUGGAACGUGUGAUGAGGAACCUCUUCGUCAAGAAGCUCUACCUGUGGCCCAGGUUUCAAGCAUCAGUAAACACAGCACUGGACAGGCACAAGCCGGAGGUGGUGGAGCUCCAUGUGUCAUUGACGCCGGCUAUGAGGGCCAUCCAGAGCUCCAUCCUGGAUAUCAUGAGUGCCUGUCUGAAGGAGCUGAAACGCUACAACCCCACCCUGGAGGCUGAGGACCUCUCCCUGGAGAACACACUAGGCAAUGCCUUUGACAAGACCAUCCGUCACUACCUGGACCCCUUGUGGCACCAGCUGGGAGCAAAGACCAAGGCCCUGGUCCAGGACCUGAAAGUGCUGAGGGUUCUCCUGCUCUACCUCACCCAAUACGAUUGUGUGACCUUCCUCAAUCUGCUAGAGUCGCUGCGCUCCAGCCAAAAGAUCUUUGGAUCCAAUUCAGGGUGGUUGUUCCUCGACUCCAGUACCUCCAUGUUUGUGAAUGCCAGGGGUAGAGUGUACCGCAUCCCUGAGAGCAAGAAGAAACUCAAAGUGGGAGCAGAGGCAGAGAAACAGAUAUCAUCCUCUGCCUUAGAGGUGAAGCGGGAACUGGUGCUGGAGAAGAGCCCAAAGUGGGAGGCUCUGACUGAGGUACUGCAGGAGAUUGAGAGGGAGAACAAGAGCUCUCAACAUGUACCAGGUCGUGUGCUGAUCUGUGCCAGUGAUGACAGGACUUGUGCCCAGCUGCAACAGUACAUCAGGCACGGCUCUGACUGGCUGCUUAAUCGACUGUAUGCCCGCACAAUCGGUAAACGGGACUCUGCUGCAGCCGCUGCCUUUGAACUUGACUCGCACAAAAAGGGCAAUGGCUGGCCUAAAAAAGGAGCCAAGGGGAAGGAGCCUGCACAGAAAAAAAACACAAAGUCCGCGAAGAGUAAAAAAAGGCUAUCCCUGACCCUGACCCAGAUGGUGGGGAAGGAGGAGACAGAUGAAGCAGCGGUGAUGGGCAGCAGUGGAGAUGAGGAUGACCUGAUGGAGGAGGAAGGGGAGGAAGAACAGCUGAAGCUGGAUUUGUCAUCGGAUGCCUACUAUGGUGUCCUAAAAGAGCCACUGACUGUCAUUCACCCACUGAAAGGCCUCACCGACCCCCACAGCUUGACGCGGGUGCUGCAUGAGGUGGAGCCCAGUUUCGUGGUGCUUUACGACGCUGAACUCAGUUUCGUCCGCCAGCUGGAGAUCUACAAAGCUAGCCGGCCUGGAAAGCCUCUUAGGGUGUAUUUCCUCAUCUAUGGAGGCUCGACAGAAGAACAGAAGUACCUGACGGCGCUGUCUAAGGAAAAGAAAGCCUUUGAACACCUGAUCAGGGAAAAGGCUACUAUGGUCAUCCCAGAGGAGAGGGAGGGGCGAGAAGACACCAACCUGGACCUUGCUAGAAAUUUAGAGCCCGCCAAUUCCACCACCAACACCCGCAAAGCCGGAGGCCAGGAGCAGCCCAAAGAGCCCUCACGAGUCAUUGUGGACAUGCGUGAGUUCCGCAGCGAACUGCCCUCCUUGCUGCACCGCCGUGGGCUGGACAUCGAGCCUGUCACCCUAGAAGUCGGUGACUACAUCCUGACCCCAGACACAUGCGUCGAGCGCAAGAGCAUCAGUGAUCUGAUUGGCUCGUUGCAGAGCGGCCGCCUCUACACCCAGUGUCUCUCCAUGACCCGCUACUACAGGAAACCAGUGCUUCUCAUUGAGUUUGACCCAGCAAAACCGUUUUCCUUAAUAGCCCGAUCAGAUUUCCGUCAUGAGAUAUCGUCUAAUGAUAUUUCUUCAAAACUCACCUUACUCACCUUGCAUUUCCCCCGGCUCCGUAUACUCUGGUGCCCCUCCCCACACGCCACAGCUGACCUCUUCCUGGAUCUAAAGCAAGGUCGCUCUGAACCCGAUGCAGCAGCAGCUCAGGCAGUCACAGCCGAGUCAGACAUGGUGGCAGAAUCAGCAGACCUUUACAACCCCGGACCUUAUGACUUUCUGUUGAAAAUGCCUGGGGUCAAUACAAAAAACUAUAGGGCUCUUAUAAAAAAUGCCGACAGCCUGGCAGAUUUAGCCAGACUCAGCCAGGACAAGCUAGCAGAAAUACUCGAGAAUGCUAACAGCGCUAAGUUGCUGUAUGAGUUUCUGCAUAAUGUUGCUGAUGUCCCUGCUCCUGCGCAGAAGGCCAAACUGACAUGAUGGGUAGUAAAGCAUCUGACUUAUUAUAUAUUUUCCUGGCAUCAGGAUUAGUUUUGCAUUGUAAAGCUGGAUGGAAAUGGCGUCGGUGUAAAAUGAUGUAGACUGAAUUCACACCUUAAAUUUGAACAGUAUGAGUCCUUGUCAUCAACAGUGAAAUGUGUUUUAUAUUAAUGUACAGAAUGAACUGAAAUAAUACAGGCUGUUCUAUUGUAUUUUGUCAACUAAUCUGCAAAUGGAACAUUUCUUAGAUUUUUAAAAAUAACUUGGCAAAAAAAAUUACAUUCUGAAAAAAUAAUUAUAAAAUAUUUAAGGAAUUUGUUUUGUAUAACCUUUGUUUCAAAAUAAAGCUUUCAAGAAUAACAUUUUUUUUAUAACUCUUAAAGGGUACAGCAUACUCUUAAAAAUAUACAUUUAACAUAAUUUGUUUUAAAAUAUUCAAGUUUUGAUGCCAUUUUAUUUGCCUUGGAAAGGGAUUGCAGAGAGAAUAGACGGCUCUGCUCAAUUGUUAGUAAUGUUAAGUUUAAAAUCGGCCAGUGGGAUGAGACAUUUAAGUUUUAAAAUCCUCUGUAAUUCAUUCCAUUUAGAGAAGAGGAAGGCAGUCUUCCCAAGUUCAGUAUUUACCAGAGGGGUAACUAGUGUCCAACAGUCCUGAGAUCUGGUUUGGUGAGCAUUGGUUUUAAAUUUAAAUCAGAAUGUAGUUCUCUUCGUGUUGCUAGUGACGACCAGCCUACUUUUUCCAUGUAGUACACAGUGAUGGGUACAAUAUUUAUCUCCUGUAAUGAAACACAAAGCACAAUGAUAAGUUGCAUCAAGUUGUUUUAGAGAAAGCAGAGGAUAAAGGAUAUAUCCACAGUCAAGCACAGACAAGAUGAAUGACUGUACAAUAAUUUCCCUGUCCUUAAGGCAGAAACAUGCUAUAUUGCGAUAUAAGAAACUUUUAUCUUUAGUUUCUGUGCCAGUUGCUCCAUGUGGUGUUUAAAAGUGAGACUGCUGUCUAGCCAAAUUCCAUUUAAAUUUCAGUACCGUUAAGUGUAUGGAUGGCAGGAAGAUGCGAUAUGGAAUUAUGGGUUCUUGAGAAUAAAACACAUUUUGUCUUGUCAGAAUUUA